GGGUCAAGUCAAGGUCUGUCUGUCAGUCUGUUUGAGGGAGCUCAUACUAGUAGUUAUAACGGGGCAAUUCAUCGCCUUGGUACUGCGUUAUCUGGCAUCAACUACCUACUUGGAAGCCUACGCCUAAGCUUACAGCGACGUAGCCUCCGACCAAUGUUGUCAUGGUCCUGUGUCCUGUGUCCUGAUUUAUGCUUCUGUGACUCUACCGCUUGUCUCGCAACAUACCGCCUCUCGUCUGGGUUCUGAACCACUCAAGUUUCAUCCCUAGCUGGCCUAGAGCGCUCAAUGCCAGUUGGCAUUCUGGCUCGCCCUCUUUAAACCCCCCUCUACCUCCAUUUCCCUAGGUCACAUUCUUCCUCGUCCAGUGUCUAUCCACAUUAUACAAUUAUGGUCAGGCUACGCGAGAUUCCUCGGACGGCGGCCUUCGCAUGGUCGCCUGUUCCUGCGAGGCCUUUCCUCGUCACGGGAACAAGAGCUGGCGCUGUCGACGCCGACUUCUCCGAUGAGACCAAACUGGAGCUCUGGGAUCUGGACCUUGACGACCAAGAGCAGGGGCUCGAGCUCCAGCCCAUUGCUAGCAUCGCCGCUGAUUCGAGAUUUUACGACAUUGCUUGGGGCAAACCCUCCGAAGAUUACCCCAAAGGCAUCAUUGCCGGCGCUCUCGAAAAUGGAUCCCUUGACCUUUGGGAUGUCGACAAGCUUCUCAGGAACGACCCCGAUGCCCUUAUUUCGAGAACCACAAAACACACUGGUCCCAUCAAGUCUUUGCAAUUUAAUCCCCUGCGCCCCCAGAUUCUAGCCACGGCUGGCGCUAAAGGCGAGCUUUACAUCUACGAUGUCAAUGAUCCCUCAAACGCUUUCCGAUUAGGUACAGCUGCUGCGAGGUCUGAUGAUUUAGAAUGCGUGGCCUGGAACACCAAGGUCUCACACAUUCUGGCGACUGGUGGAAGUGGGGGCUUUGUUACUGUAUGGGAUUUGAAGACCAAGAAGGCGUCACUAACACUCAAUAACAAUCGAAAGCCCGUCAGCUCCAUUGCGUGGGACCCAAAUAACUCCACUAAACUACUGACUGCCACGCCCGACGAUAUAACUCCCGUAAUUCUCUUAUGGGACUUGCGCAACUCCAAUGCGCCUGAGAGAACUCUUCAGGGCCAUGAGCAGGGUGUACUAUCCGUUUCAUGGUGUGAACAAGACAGCGAUAUUCUUCUCUCUUCUGGCAAGGAUAAUAAAACCCUGAUUUGGAACCCGCAGACUGGGGAACGCUAUGGAGAAUUUCCCGAGGUUACGAACUGGACCUUCCUGACGCGGUUCCAUCCUCAUAACCCCAACCUUUCGGCUACAGCUGCAUUUGACGGCAAGAUCACUAUUCAGACAUUCCAAAACACCAAUCCUGAAGCAGUGCAGAAUACCACGCAGAGUAAUCUUGAUGGCGAGGACUUCUUUCGACAGGCUCAAACCCAACCACAAGGCGCUGCCUUCACGUUGAAGAAAGCGCCUAAGUGGUUUGAGACGCCUGUGGGCGUUUCCUUUGGUUUUGGCGGGAAACUAGUGAUUUUCAAACAAAACCCCUCCCAGCCUGGUCAAAAUCGUUCAUCUCAAGUUCAAAUAUCUCAGUUCUCCGUAGAUUCUGAUAUCACCUCAGCCACUGAGAAAUUCGAGGAGUCCCUUAAGUCUGGAGACUUGGCCACUAUUUGCGAGUCGCAUAAAGAACAAGCCGACUCAGAGGAAGAGAAAGCUGACUGGCGUGUCAUUGAGACACUUCUGGCUGAUAACCCACGAAAGGGAAUUGUCGAUUAUCUAGGCUUCAGCGACAAGGACAUUGCUAACGGUACUAUACCCGAAGAAAAGAAGGAAGAAAAUGAGCCCAAAAAGCCCGCUUCUAAUGUGAAAACUCACAAAAAGCGCAUCUCGACUUUCUUUGCAGACGGCCCAGAUGCCGAUGAGGAGGAUUUCCUAGCCAACCUAUCGGCCACAAAGGGUGCAAAAACAGAUAAUCCUUUCCACCUGCUUGGUGAAAGCGAUUCGCCCAUAGAAAAACAGAUUACCAUGGCUCUGAUGCUAGGCAAUUUCGAGAAAGCUACCGAGAUUUGCCUUGACGAGGGCCGCAUGGCGGAUGCUUUUAUAAUUGCCAACUGCGGAGGGAAAGACUUAGUAGACAGGGUACAAUCGGCUUAUUUGUCUCAAAAAACCGGCAUGCCGAGCUAUCUCCGUCUUCUAGGCUCGGUGAUCGUAAAGAAUCUCUGGGAUGUUGUUUAUAACGCGGACCUGGCUGACUGGAAAGAGACCAUGGCGACUCUCUGCACAUUUGCCGAUCCAGCUGAAUUCUCCGACCUCUGUGAAGCGCUAGGCGACCGGAUUUAUGAGGCGGGCGACCGAAAAGAUGCUUCAUUUUGUUAUUUGGUCGGCUCCAAAUUGGAGAAGGUCGUGGAUAUCUGGGUUACGGAGCUUGCAGAAGUGGAAAAGGCUGGUCUAGCUGAAAGCAGUGACUCUACGUUCUCUGUUCAUGCCAGGGCGCUCCAACAUUUCAUCGAGAAGGUUACGGUGUUUCGCCACGUCGCGAAGUUCCGGGACACUGAGACUGAUCUCACAUCCGGGUGGAAGUUAGCGCUCCUAUACGACAAGUAUGUUGAAUACGCCGACAUCGUUGCCGCUCAUGGUCAGCUAGAUGUUGCCCAGAAGUAUCUUAACCUCCUACCUACAAGCUACCCUGCUGCUGAUAUGGCUCGGGCCCGGGUCCAACGGGCUACUAAGAAAAUUCCUGCCCAGCCCGCGCCGCGGCAGCCUGCCCAACACUCAGCACCAUCUGGACGUGCUGCCUCUCGAACGCAGCAACCACCUAUUGGAGGAUAUCAGCCAUUCCAACCAGCGCCGAUAAAUUCAAACAACCCAUAUGGGCCCCCAUCUACUCAGGCUCCUCCUGCUAACCCAUAUGGGCCGCCAGCCGGUACUACCCCUGUUCAGCCUGUGCCCAGUCCAUAUGCCCCUUCGACCGGAGCGAAUAUCUAUACUCCCCAGGGAUAUCAGCCACCUCUAUCCCAAAUUUCACAGGUGCCUCCUCCCACCCAGUCAUUUGGCCCCCCCCGAUCUUCGACUCCAUCGACAAGGCCUCCCCCGCCUAGGAAUGCGGAUGUAGGUAAUUGGAACGAUGUGCCGAUGGUGACAAGACCUCCUCCUAGAAAGAAUACACCAAGCGUGCAGCCUGUUGCGUCUCCUUUCCAGAAUCAGGCCAGUCAACCACCUCCACCUCCUAAGGGCCCUCCAACGGCUCGCAUGAUGUCUCCCUUGGGUGGCCAAGCUCAACCUGGUCUGCCACCACCCCCACGUCCUGGAUCAUCAGCCUCUAGUUCAUAUGCACCGCCGGCUGCUAUACCAACUCCAAGUGGUGGACCCGGUCUGCCACCUCCGCCCGCAGCGGGAAACUUCGUUCCAAGAACAGCUUCACCAUAUAACCCACCCCCGGCGGCAGGCCCCCCUUCGAACCGGUAUGCUCCAGCUCCCGCACCACAACAAAGCAGCCAGCCACCUCAUCCUGGGAUGGCACCGCCGCCAGGUGUUAAUCGGGUCGCACCUCCGCCCAAUCCUUACGCCCCUCCGCCACAAGCGGCCCCGGUCCAGAAUCAGUUCACACCCUCUCCAUAUGGAGCACCUCCAGUUCAACAGGGACCGCCACCCCCAGCCAGCGGAGCACCUCCAGCAGCAACAGGGUCUUCUGCGCCUCCACCAACACAGGCCACGCCGCCGCCACCAAAGCCCAAACACCCAUCAGGAGAUCGCUCUCACAUCCCUGCCAGUGCUCAACAAAUGGUCGACGUUUUCAGCCGUGACAUGCAGAGAGUCGCGGCAAAAGCCCCAGCUUCAUUUGCACCACAAGUAAAAGAUACACAAAAGCGGUUGGGAUUACUCUUCGACCAUCUCAACAACGAAGAGCUUGUAAAACCAGAUACGAUUGAGCAGCUGACCAAGUUAGCCCUGGCACUAGAAGCCAAGGAUUACCCAGAAGCUCAAAGACUCCAAGUGGAGAUUCAGCGAGAUAAGACAGACGAGUGUGGCAACUGGAUGGUUGGUGUGAAGCGCUUAGUACAAAUGAGCAAGGUUACGAACUAAUUGACGUACUGGUCCCGCGCCACAACUAACCUGAAAGGCAUUCGAAAAGUGGUCGCCUGUGUAGUCGUAGAACAUGGAGUGAAGGCAUAGCCUAUAUCAGAAGUAUCCAUCACAUUACCAUCAAAAAUUAUGAUCUAAAUAAAUGAAAGUAAUGGAAUUUCACAACCGCGCAACCACCUUUGUGACUUAACGAUAUAAAGCUACCCGGGUACUUCUCGAGGAUAAAGGCUCAUAUACAUUAAAGCUAUGCAUGCUAUUGAGCACUAUGCGUUGAUUUGCAUGAGUAGACAUAAGUGGCGUCAGCAUCUCUUAUUCUCGUGUGCCAUAAAGCUGUGGAAAGUUAUGAUUGCGGAUAUUGCGGGGUUUAGAGGGAAUUAGGUCGCAGAUAAGCCACUAACGA